CACGGAUACCGCCACCGCACCGCCUCGCACCGCACCGCACCGCACGCAGGCGCCGCGUCCCUACAUGCAAGUGACCGUCGGGGCUUCCACCAUAGUUUGGCCAGCAAUGACCAAGACGGCCAACGGGGACGUGGGGAAGCCCGUCAGGAACGGACUGAAGCCGGGGAGGAACGGACUGACCAGGAGCCUCCACCGCUGCCAUGAGGAGGAGGAGGAGGAGGAGGAGGAGGAGGUCCAUGCGGCGUCACACCACGGCGGCCUGUACAGCCGGCCCUUCGUCGAGUCCUUCGAGGAGACGCCCAUGCUGGUGGCGGUGCUCACCUACAUGGGCUACGGCAUCCUGACCGUCUUCGGCUACCUGCGCGACUUCCUCCGGCACUGGAAGAUCGAACGGUGCAACAUCGCCAGGGAGAAGGAGGAGCAGAAGGACUUUGUGCCCCUCUACCAGGACUUUGAGAACUUUUACACCAGAAACCUCUACAUGCGUAUAAGGGACAACUGGAACAGGCCCAUAUGCAGCGUCCCGGGGGCCAAAGUGGACCUGAUGGAGCGAGCGUCCCGCGACUACAACUGGACUUUUGAUUACACGGGUCGGGUAGUGCAGGAUGUGAUCAACCUGGGCUCGUAUAAUUACCUGGGCUUCGCUGAGAACACGGGUCCGUGCGCCAACGCCGCAGCCGAGGUCACCGCGAAGUACGGCGUCGGAGUCGCGAGCACCAGGCAGGAGAUUGGUAACCUGGACAGACACGAGGAGAUGGAGAAACUGGUGGCUAAGUUCCUGGGUGUGGAGUCGGCCAUGGCGUUUGGGAUGGGGUUUGCAACCAACUCCAUGAACAUACCAGCACUGGUUGGCAAGGGCUGUCUGAUUCUGAGUGAUGAAUUGAACCAUGCCUCUCUGGUCCUGGGUGCCAGACUCUCGGGGUCCACCAUCAGAGUCUUCAAACACAACAACAUGCAGAGCCUUGAGAAACAGCUGAGAGAGGCCAUAGUUCACGGACAGCCCAGGACUCACAGACCAUGGAAGAAGAUCCUCAUUGUGGUGGAGGGCAUUUACAGCAUGGAGGGCAGCGUAGUGCGCCUGCCAGAGGUGAUCGCCCUGAAGAAGCGCUACCGGGCUUACCUUUACCUAGACGAGGCCCACAGCAUCGGGGCCCUGGGGCCGAAAGGGAGAGGUGUGGUCGAUUACUUUGGCCUGGACCCCUGUGAUGUGGAUGUCAUGAUGGGCACGUUCACCAAGAGCUUCGGCGCCGCAGGGGGAUACAUCGCAGGGAAAAGGGAACUCAUUGAGUACCUGCGCUCCCAUUCGCACAGUGCGGUCUACGCCACUUCCAUGUCUCCUCCUGUGGUGGAGCAAAUCAUCACUUCUAUGAAGUGCAUUAUGGGAGAGGAUGGCGCAACGAUCGGUCUUGAGCGUGUGCAACAGCUGGCGCAGAACACAGUCUAUUUCCGAAAGAGGCUUCGAGAGAUGGGCUUCAUCAUCUACGGCAACGAGGACUCACCCGUUGUUCCCAUGAUGCUCUACAUGCCCGCCAAGAUAGGAGCAUUCGGCAGGGAGAUGCUGAAGAGGAACAUCGGCGUGGUUGUCGUGGGCUUCCCGGCUACGCCCAUCAUAGAGUCUCGGGCACGCUUCUGCAUCUCAGCCGCCCACACAAAAGACGUGCUCGACAGGGCGCUGACAGUCAUCAGUGAGGUAGGAGACCUUCUUCAGCUCAAGUAUUCCCGACACAAAAUCCAGCCGUCGUUGGCGCGGCCCUUCGACGAUAACGUGUAUGAGGACAUUGACGACUGAUGAGCCGCCCCUCUCCUAAAGUGGCGUGAACCACAACAACCCCAGAAAAUACCGAAUGGGUCAAGAUGGAUCACAAGUCUCCCACGAGGACCCACCAACGAAAGGAAAAACACUUCAAAGCGUUGUUAAUUCUACUUUGCCUUACUUAAACUUGCAGAACUUGUGGUGCACACACUGAAAACAGCACUUCAGCAUUUUUCUUAUCACUAUUUUUUAACAUUUUGUGUCUUAAGACUUUUAGUGUGUGUGUGUGUGUGUGUGUGUGUGUGUCUGUGGUGCUUCUAGCAUUCGUCAUGUUAAGCCUUGUGUUUUUGUGCGUGGAGCGGACAAAUGCCAACAUUCCAAAUGUUUCUGAAAUUGUGAGCAUGGCACUCACAUCAACAGCGGGGAUGAUAUAGUACUACAAAAAGUUGCCAAAUAUCAGAAGAUAACUACCCUGAUCAAUGCAACGACUUGUUGUAAAGCCAUCAUUUGCCAUUUUUUCCGUAAAUAAGCUUGUUUGAUUUCUUUUUUUCUACAAUUGGAUGAGAAGAUUAGAACCACUCAUGACUGUAUGGUAGAAAUGAAGCUACAUCGAGCAGGCGCUUGCCUUUAGUGUUGCCCAAAAAGAAAUGGUUCCAGCCCGUUACUCCCAUGGAUGUAUUAUAUAAACUGGAUACCAAUCUCGGGGUCCCAAGAUGGCGCCCAUUCAGUCCAAUGAGAAUAGCUCACCUGGCGCAUACAUCAAAUAAAGUUUUCUAGCCUCUGGGUUUAUAUCCUGGUUAUGCGACCCACUGAAUAUCUGCAGUAGUGUUUCUCUCGCUGGCACCACCCGCGAGUUCCCACUCCGCCCAUAGACUUUAAAUUGUGAUGACGUCACCAAUUUUCAAAUUGCUUUUUUCGGCUGGGGAAAGUUCUAUAUAUAAAAGCCAACAUUGAUCAAAGAAAAAAUAUUAAAAAGGGUCAUACUGGACCCUGUUUGCGUUUCAAAGUGUCCUGUCAACAGUUUAACAGGAGUCUCUUUUACAAUUGUGGUCUGUGGGGAAAAUGCUUUUUGGGAUUUUUUGCUGCAAAACCGCCAGUAGCCACUGGGCAAAAUUGGAAGCAAGGCUGACUGGUAUCCAUAGUCCUUUCUACACUUUAUUUUUUGUACCGAUUAAACAAAAACCCUCCCCUGUUUUCUGAUUUUAUGCUAAGCUUCACUUAUUACCUGCUGGCCUUAGCUUCAUUUUUACCGUGAAGACUGUAAAGACAGGAGAGUAGUAUUGAUCUCAUCUAAAUUUAAACAAAGCAAAUAAGUGCACUUCCCAAAAAAACAAACUAUUCCUUUUAAAUUCGGGUCAGUGUGCUGUAGGGUUAAAUGUCCAACACUAGCUAUCGUAAGCAAAUUUUUCUUAGCAUAAUCAGCAUUCAGGAAAAACUCAUGAAUCCGUCAUGAACUAAGAUUGACAACCUCAUUUGUCUCAGCUAACGCCAGCUCUGGGUCUGUCCAACAGUGACAAAAAGUUUUUUUGCUAUGACAAAAUUUAAGCAUAUGAUGUAAACAAACCUUAAUUACAUCCCACAAAAUGGAAUACAAUUUAAAAAUAAUACCAGUUUUCAGAAAUUAUAACUUAAGAAGGCAAGAUUGCAAUUCAGUCACUCAUAUUGCAAAUUUCCCCGCUGCGGGACUAAUAAAGGAUUAUCUUAUAUUGAAAAAAAAAAUUGGAAAUAUCUGUUGAAACUUGACCAGUACUUAAAUCCUAAUUGUCUGUUACACUUGGAUUUGGCUGGACUCUCCUCUCCACAACUAUGUUUUAUGUCUCCAUCACUGACCUCAGUAUGUUUGUUUUUUUACCCAACCAACUUGGUGCAUAUUUGUACAGUUUCCGUGUUACAGAUGGAUUAAAUAUCACCUAAUAGUCUUACUUUUUUUUCUUAUUAAAAUGGCAAUAUCUGCCCAGUAUACAGUCCAGUUAUUGAUAUCAAAGCUGUAGUUUGAAGCUUGGUCAGUUUAGUCACUCCAAGAAGUGCAACAAAUAGAAAUAAUAUUUCAAUUUAAGACAAGUCUGGAUGUGGUCCAGCGCUGGUCGUAAUACCCCUCAAUACUAUUGUUUUAAUGCUUUGUAAAAGUGCCGUCUUUGAGCUGUGACUUAAAAGGCAUUCAUAUUUUCAAUCAGUGUGGGCCUAGAGAUGUGUGUGUGUGUGCUUGCUUGAUUGCCCGGUAUCGAUUUAUAAUGUGCGUCACUGCACUUUCACCUAGCUUUUCUUUUUUUUUCCUUUUUUUUUUUCUGUUAGACAACCCUGUCUUUCGAAUUCUGUUGCUUUGUGCUGCUGAGCUUUGGGAAAACAACACUCCUAAAUGAAGGCAGCUGUAAAUACAAAAAAAAAAAAAAUUCCACAUGCAAUACAUUUACACUCGCAUGCA